CAACGCUGGAGGACAUCCUGUGGCAGCGAGUUCCACAAAUGUCUGCAUUGCAUAUGCGCUGCUGGAUGAAUUGCCCAAGCCCCCUCCAAAGGUAAUGUAAAUUGUGUCAACAUAAGUCCAGAAGAGCAGAAAUGAAGUCUCUGGUGUGGGCAAGGGACACAAAGCCCUUGAGACUGGUAUCUAGCCUCCCUUAAACACCCUAAACAUUACUCAGACCAAUGAAUUCCCAGUGGGUUAUUACUUCCUCUCCAGUUUUCAAGUCUUGGCUUUUACCUUCUCAGUCCGCCCUGUCCCCUAUCACGUACAGCAAUGCAGAGAGGAGGGGCUCACCGUGCGCAUGAAACAAAAUUCAUGUACCUGCCUACCUGUGGAGGUGCACAGGCUGAGCUCUCCUUCCAACACAAUUCAAGCGGUUCGCACAACCCCGUUGGAGCUGAGGCAGAGACUGAGGCAGGACUCUGAGCAUUGAGGAAGCAAGCUGGAGACCUGGAGGUUUUGAACUUAAUGACUUUGCUUAUGUUAACAAGGCCUGCAAGGGGUAGCUGGCCUGGGUAGAGCUCUGCUGUUGCAUGGCUCCGUUUCUUCUAGGGGCUCCCUGCAUGCUGCUGCAGAUACCUGCCCUGCCAUGACAAAGAUAGCCACUGGGUGCUGCCCAUGCCAUUCCUUCCCCAGUGAGGGCUCAUCUCUCCUGUGUGUCUCCAGACAGCACUGUGGCCAAGAUCUAGGCAAAGGCAUCCUGACAGCUUUGAAGCCCUGUACUGUCUUCACCGGUUCACCUUUGAGCAGCACUGGCUGCUCAGGCAGGUCUGGAAGGCCAGGUUUUAGACCCUGGCUAUGUUCUGCUCGCAGAGAUACUCCCUACUUCUCUUAAGGUUGGAAUUGGCCCUAGGAGCUUAACUGCUCAUAACAGCAGUGCCAGAUUUCAAGAGCUGGGUGACUGCACAGCACAAGGAGUCACUGAUGUUGGCUGCAGGGCAGGGAAGGGGCUGAGGACUAUAGGGAAGCACUUUGUGCAAGGAAUGGGAUGGGGAAAUCCUAAUUUUCUUCCUGGGAGGACUGCUCACACAAAGGAGCUUAAUUGCUUGCCCUGCCCCAUUUCUUCUGGGUCCACUCCUUGCAGCACAGAUGAAAUCUGGCAGGAGAGUUUGGGGCUGUUGAACCGGACCCUUUUCCCAAAAAAGGUGCAAAAGAAGUGAGAUUGUGCAUGGAGCCAGGGGAGGGAGAGAGUUGAGACAGACAGCCCCCCUGUCUGCCCAUCUGCCCUCAGCUCCAUCCGUCUGGAGGUGCUCGUAGGGCAGAACAGAAGGGAGAAGGGUUUGUGUGCUCAGCAUCCACCCCGGUUUCUGAGCAUCUUGCCAGCCAGAAGGCUUUGCCGUGUCCCUGCAGCUCUGAGCAGCAGCUGUCCUGCCCGCAAGAUCCUCAGGACAGGCAGCCCCUCUCCGGUGUGCCCGUGGGCAUUCGCAGAGCACUUUUCACUGCCACAACUCCCCCCCUCCUAGGGGAGCUGAGCCGGGUCCCCCCCUUCCACCACGCCGCUCUCCCACCAGGCAGCUGCUCUCUGCAUCCCUCUCUUCUCCCUCUCCCUCUCCCCUCCACCGUCCCCAGCUUCUUUUACCACACUCCCUCCAUCCUCCCCUCCUCUGCGCUCCCCCUCUCCCCUCGCCCCUCUGCCGCACCUCCCCUCUCUCCCUUUUAAUUCUCCAUCCCGGUUUCUCCUCCCCGCUCCUCUCCCAUUCUCCAGCCCCAUCGUCCAUCCCCUCCUUCUCCUUCUCCUGCCGGUGUUCCCGUGCGUGGCGCCCAUUGGCUGGCGGCAGCCAUCCCACGGUAGCCGCCACUUCAAUCCCGUUUGCCCAAGCCCGGCAGACGAACCCCCCCUUCCCCCGCAGAUGGUGAGGGGAGAGUGGGGGAGAGACCCGCCGGCCUGAGGGUGAGGGUCCGCGCAUCCCCCGGCCGGACACCAGCGGGUACUGGAGUGGGCCCCACUCCCACACCAGUCACGGAGGGAAGCGAUGGGCAGGUCCAGGAGGAAGGACUUGCGUCUUCGGUAGUGGAUGGUGGGACUCGCUCCCUCCCGGGACCGUUUUGUUCAAUUGCUUUUAAGAAAGGGGAAGGGGAAAAAAACAUGACACGGAUCCUCCCGGUGAAGCAGAGGAAAAUGUACAUCCCAACGACACGUAAGUACCAGGCGGCUCUGCCUGCUUUUCCCAGCUGUCUCCCGCGGGGGUGAGUCCAUGCAGAAGUUAACUCUGCAGUCCCAGAGAAGGAAACCUGCCCCCCCCAAACCCCCCCAACUCUGCCAGCCCAGCCUGGUCCCUACCAGAGAGCUCAGCCCCGAGGUGAGGCAGGGGGAGUCCUGAGCUGGAGCAGGGCUGUGGAAAACGGGAGGGGAGGGUGGCAAGAGGGGCUGCAGGUUAUUGGACUCUGUGGUCCCUCCCAGCUUCUAUUCCUGUUUUGUAACCGGGUCUAGGCUCAGCUUUUAGCAUCCACCUCCUCCUCUCAUUCAACGCAGAAAUAUAUCUCUUUUGUUUUUCCUAAAGAAAGCGGUAGCACCGGUUUACCAUCUCUUCCUACCUCUCUGCCUUACUCCUGCUCUCCAGAUGUACGGAGCAGGUAUAUUCUGGCAGCACCCGUUAGGGGAUCCCAAGCCUCUUGCAACAGGUGGUAUCCACAUCAGGGACAGACCCCCAAGUAGAUGCCAACACACUACCAGUCUGAGGCCAAGGUUCCUCAUCAAUUCCUACCUACGCAGGUGUUGCCAAAGCAGCAGCAGAGUGGACCCAACCCAGAUUGCUAACUGAUCCUGCAAGGACGCUGCCACCCACCCUCUUCCCUGCCUCUGCUAUGGACACUUCUGCUUUCAGCCUCCCCACGCCAGCAGUGUCGGAGGAAGGGAAUGCCUCUGGCAGCUGGGCAGGCUUCACCACCCCCAACGGCUCCACCACUGCCAGCCCUGGUGUGGUCAUCAGCGGUGUCCUCAUCCCCCUGGUCUACCUCAUUGUCUGCGUGGUGGGGCUGGCUGGGAAUUCUCUGGUCAUUUAUGUGGUCCUGCGGCACUCUGUGAGCGAGUCGGUGACCAACGUCUACAUCUUGAACCUGGCCCUAGCUGAUGAGCUCUUCAUGCUGGGCCUGCCGUUCCUGGCUGCCCAAAAUGCCCUGUCCUACUGGCCAUUUGGGUCUUUCAUGUGCCGCCUGGUGAUGGCUGUGGAUGCCAUCAACCAGUUCACCAGCAUCUUCUGCCUGACGGUGAUGAGUGUAGAUCGCUACCUGGCCGUGGUCCACCCAGGGAAGUCCUCCAAAUGGCGGACAGCACGGGUGGCCAAGGCUGUGAGUGCAACUGUGUGGGUGCUGUCUUCCGUAGUGGUGCUGCCCGUGGUCGUCUUCUCAGACGUCCCUUUAGGGAUGAGCACAUGCCACAUCCAGUGGCCAGAGCCUGCCUCGGUGUGGAGAGCUGGCUUCAUCGUCUACACUGCCACCCUGGGCUUCUUUGGGCCACUGCUGGUGAUUUGUCUCUGCUAUCUUCUUAUCGUUGUGAAGGUUCGUUCCUCUGGCAGGCGGGUGAGGGCUCUGUCCUCCAAGCACAAGCUUUCCGAGCGCAGAGUGACCCGCAUGGUGGUGGCUGUUGUGGCUGUCUUCAUCCUUUGCUGGCUCCCCUUCUACGUCCUCAACAUAAUCAAUGUUGUCUGCCCACUGCCAGAGGAGCCGUCCCUCUUUGGUGUCUACUUCCUUGUGGUGGUGCUGCCAUAUGCCAACAGCUGUGCCAAUCCUAUCAUCUAUGGCUUCCUCUCCUACCGCUUCAAGCAGGGCUUCCGUAGGGCCAUCCUCAGGCCAUCUCGCCGAGUCCAAAGCCAGGACGUGCCAGCAUGCCCCCCAGAGAAGACUGAUGAUGAAGAGGAAGAGGGCGAGAUCAGCAAGAUCACCCAGAAUGGUAAUGACAGGCAGGAGCACCCUCUAACCAGUGGGGAAGGAGAAAGCAAUGAGCAAAAACCACUCCCUGAGGAGCCUGUGGGGUGUGAAAAGAGCAACAAGUUGCAUGUCAGUUAUUUAUGAUGAAAGGAGUGGUGCAGGGGAAGGAGACACUGGGACAUGGGAUCCCCUUCACCCCCUGUGCUUUUCCACCUCAAAGGCAAUGGGAGAUGUUGAUAGAAGGGAAUAUUAAAGUCCAAGACUCUGCUUAAAGAUGAAGCAGGCUCCAUGAACUUGUGGAAAAAGCAAGGCAUCGUUCUUGGCUUUGGAAGGGACACCCGAGGUUUGUGUGGUGCCAGGUAAAGGAAGGACAGCAUCCAGGGAGAGCUGAAGAGAUGAUGGGCACUGACAGUAUGGAGAGAACAAGGUCAGCCCUAGAUUGCAUGAUCCAUCCUUAGAUCACCCAGCUGUGAAGGGCAUCAGCUGCCAUCUGACUGUGGCACCUCAAGGAAGUCCUCAACUGGCAUAUACAACAAAAAGGCCUCUCAAUGCCUUGAUUAUCUUCCAUAUAAACAUGAGAAGCCGUUUACCCUAAAAGAAAAACAGGAAGGGAAAAUGUCUGCAGUGAAGACAUACCAGCCAGUUGCAUGAAUGGCUGACCCUUCUCUAGCGCUCCAAUGUCUUGGGGACAACUUUCCUACCCAUGCUGGUCAUGGCUGGAGACCACUCUGGCUGCUCAAAGCCUCCUCUUUCUUUCUAGGGCUCUCAUAGACUCUGGGCAGGCUGAUGAGACUUACCUGGGAGAGCAAAUGGGACAUUUCUUUCCUGCACCUCGCAUUCUUCAGGGUUUUCCUGGUGCCCCUGCAUUCUGGUGGAAGGUGUAACAUGGGUACAGAAGAAGACAAGGCAUGGGUUGGAGGCAGGGUUUCUUACAAGCUGAAAUGCCCUUUCCCUUUUCUUCUCCCUAAGCCUUAUUGUAAAUAAACAAAAAGCCUUUGGACUUAAAAGGCCAA